ACUGUCCAUACCGGUGCCGUGAUAGCGAUAUAUGCCUUCUCGAUACCUACCAAUGUGACGGGUGGUUCGACUGCCCUAACCGCGACGAUGAGGAGAACUGCGAAAUUGCGAAAUGUCCCGAUGGAUAUGUUUGUGGUGAGGCUCCAUUCAAUGAUAUGCACGGUCCAGUCAACUUUUGUGAGGGAUGUGUUUGGCAGCCAUUUUGGGUAAAUGCAACAAGACUAUGGAAGAAGGACGAUAUAAAGAACACGGCUAAGAAAGCUGUCAUACUUUAUAUGAAAGGCAUAUCCCUUACUUUAGAAGAGGGAUCAUUUAAAGGAUUGCAUAAUAUAAACCAUUUGAAUCUUGCAUCGUGUGAAUUAUCUUACCUGACACCUGGAGUAUUCGAUGGUUUGGAUCGCUUGUACAUACUGGAACUUGGGGAUAAUCGUCUGACUAUCAUAGAAGAAGGUUUAUUCAGGAAUCUGUUCUAUCUGGUAUUGAUAACUUUGGAAGCUAACCAGGCGAUUCAAUUUGAGGAUGGAUGCUUUCAAGGUUUACCCAGACUCGUCGCCAUUGAUCUGACGAACAACUCGCUUACCAAUUUCAGCCCUGGGACGUUCAAAGAUCUUGGAGUUUCUUUUCAGAGAUUAAUAUUGAAAUGGAACCUAUUAACAUCGCUAGACGAGACAUUGUUCUAUGGGAUAGAACACGAAUUGCGUCGAUUGAAUCUUGGUAAUAACCUUAUAGAAUACAUUGCACCGGGAACCUUUCAGAAUCUCUCCAAACUUACAGACUUGGUCAUCACAUCACUAAGCCCCAAAUCUAUCCCUCUAUAUACUGGCAUAUUUGAUGGACUGGACAGUUUAUCAGCUUUGUAUGUCUACGAUUCCCGCUUCUGCUGUUUAACCCCAGACACUGUGAACUGCAUUGAAGAGCUCCCUCCUCACCCCCUAUUCACUUGCCGCAAGACAUUCCUUCAGAACCACACCAUCAAGGUCUUCAUAUGGAUCCUAGGAAUAAGUGCUUUAGUGGGGAAUUUCUUUGUCUUGGUGUUGAGGUUAAGAAGCACACCUACCACCAGGGUAGCCAGGAUACAGUCAAUGAUCAUCACCAACCUGGCCUUGUCAGAUCUUCUGAUGGGUGUUUAUAUGGUGCUCCUUGCCGUGAUGGAUAUCUACAUCGGGGAGUCUUACUUCUGGGCGGGGCGAGCUGAGGAGUGGAGGGCAAGCAUCACUUGUCAAAUCGCUGGAUUCAUCUCAGUUCUAAGCAGCGAGACAUCUGUAUUCUUGCUCUUCCUUCUCACGAUCGACCGCUUCAUCUGCGUUUUGUUCCCAUUCAGCAAAAGGCAUCUGGGCAUUGCAUCUACUCGCAUAGCAAUUGCGAUCAUCUGGGUUGCAUCUAUAUUCCUCAGCGUGAUAGGUGUUUUGCUGCAUAACAUCAGUCCAGAUGCAUACGGCCUCAGUGAUGUCUGCGUUGGUCUCCCGUUCAUCCGGAAGUCGACAGACCUCCAAGCAGAAGCGGACACCCGGACCACCGACCAGUAUGGCAUACCCUACUUCACCACAAUUGCCGGCUCUACUGAAUCAACCUGGACAUACUCUAUCAUUAUAUUCCUAGGGAUCAAUCUAUGUAGCUUCAUCAUCAUUCUUUUCUUGUACAUUGGCAUCUUCAUCAAGGUUCGUUUCGUCCGAGCUGAAGUUGGUCGCACCAACCAAUCAUCCAAUGAGGUCAAGAUGGCACUGAAGAUGCUCCUGAUAGUCGGCACCGACUUCUGUUGUUGGAUGCCGAUCAUCAUCAUUGGUAUUCUAGUCCAGACAGUAGGGGUCCAAGUUACUCCGGACAUCUACGCCUGGCUGGUCGUCUUUGUCCUACCCAUCAACUCAUCCCUCAAUCCUUAUCUCUACACUAUCAUAAAUCUAGUUUCUAAAUAAUUCUCCCAGCUCUGCUGCAUUGCGCCCUUGUUUUAAACAUCGUUUAGUGUGUUUAAAUUUUUGUGUUCAAUCCUCAAUAUUCGUAUAUUCUUCAAAAAACAAAGAUGAAAAAUAACAAUAAAACAAAAAUGAUAAUAAUAACGAUGAUGGUGAUGAUAAGAAUCGUUAAUAGGAUUUUAACUAAUGUUAUGAAAAUAACAAUAAUGAAAAUAAUAAUUAUGAUAGCAAUAAAGCUAACAAUGCUAGCAACCAUUUUCAUUUCAAUCAUUAUCUUUUGUAUUAUCAUUAAUAUAAUUAAUAUCGCAAAAAUAUAAAGAAGGAUAUAUAGAUGAUAUGAAUAUUGCAAA